AUGAAGACGAUCACCCUCACCCGCCUCGCCGCGACGCUUGGCGCCAUUAGCCAAGUCGUGUAUGGCGACGCCAACAUCAGCAGUGCCAGCGCUGUCCAUUGGACGACCCAGCCCAUGUACUCGGUGCCCGUCGCGCCAACGCUCGCGGCGUUGUCGGCGCUUCCGACCUUCCAGGAGCUCGACGUCUUGACCAAGUGGACGCCGUCCGAGUUUUCCCAGUCGGCCGACUUCUUUCUCCACAGCCCGCUCAGCCCACGCAACAGCAAGAAGACCAAGAUGACGUACGACGACCGCCCCAAGGUGACCAACUUUACGUGCCUCGACGACUUUUAA